GGACCUCAGCCCCCUUUCCCCCUCCUACGCACUUCUGUUCCUCACAUCGAUCCAGUUGCCAUCAGACUACACAUUGAUGUAAUUCAGCUAGUAUUUUAGAACUUGAAAGGUAUGAAAAAGGAUACAACCAUAUUCGUGGACUUCUGGGCAUACGUGUUCACAUUGUUGAAGACAUAUUAUGAAGAUAUUAUCUGCUGAUGUGGCGAGUCGAGGUGAGGGUUGGCAUCAACGUGUGUUCUGGGGAGCCAAUGAGACUCGAUCGAGUCCUCAGGGUUGAUGUCGUUGAGUUGAGUUGAGUGGUGAUGGAGGGAGUGCCCCCAACAGACGUGAAUUUGCGCAAGGGCAUUCAUUCCAUGUGCUGCUCUAUGCGAGUUCUUCUUCCUCCUCUCGCCCUCUCUGUUUCUUAACUUCGGCAGUCUACCUUCACCUGCUUCAACCAGCAUCGUUUUCCUGCAGAUCCUUGACACCGCCAACUUGAGAGCUAUCUCCAUCGCCAGAUCGUUUCAAUUCCAAAUUUCUCCCUCUCUUCCAUCCUUAUCCCAAUGCCUUGUCGAAUUCGUCCUCGACUUAAUGUCUGAAAGAGAGCACUGCUUUGUCUCGCCUCGAAACUACAUCCUCCCCUGCAGGUAUGAUUGCUAAAUCAAAAUCGUGGUACAUCUGCCACUCUAGCCCUCCACUUCUUCCAGGAACAGUCGGAAUUGGACUCACCAUUCCUGUCCAUUAUCCUGCUCGAGAUUUGGUGAAGUUCUCAAUUGGUGUCCGAUGUGGGUACUCGCAAAAACCUCCAGAUUUCUCGGUAGACUAUGACCCCUUCGAGGAUUUCUUCGGCUUAGGCCUCGACAUGAAGACAAGGAAGCAAGCAGAGAGCAUAGAUGGCCCUCAGUCUUUCCAGGAGGAAUUCAAGAAGAACGUGCCUUGUCCAGUGUGCCGGGGGAGGGGUUACAUUCUGGACAGUCCCAAGGGUCCAAGUAGCUGUUCUUAUUGUGUAGGAAAAGGAAUGGUGUUGGAGGAUUCAGUAUGGGAGUCAGCUUGGGAAACAGCUCAAACUCGGUCACCUUUGAGGGUUGAGGACGACGAGGUUCUUGACAGAUUUGAUCCUGAUGUACCUGAAAAAACAGAAAGACGAGUUUAUGGGCCUCGACCAGAAGCUAUUCGAAUGAGGAUAAGUCGCACGAUGAAGGAGUUAGAAAAGCGGACGGGGGCUUUCAGUAAGCGGGCCAAGCGCCAGCAUCAAAAUCUCACUGUUCAUUCACGGAUGGUGGCUGCUAUCAAGAGAGCAAAGAGCACUGAGGAUGCGAGGAGGAAAAUUUCUGAGCAACAGAAACUAUUUUUCCAAAACCCUGAAAACCGCAGGAUGCGAGGACUUCAAAUGAGAGGAGUGAAGUUCUCUUGUAGACAUUGUGGGAAAGAAGGACACCGCAGGCACUUUUGUCCUAAACUUGGUUAUGUGAAAAAGAGCCGGAGUUAUCCAACCCGCGUGUACCGAUGUGGACUGUGUCAGCAAGUGGGUCAUACGAGACGACAUUGUCCACUUAAGGACAGUGUGCAGGCUUCUGAUCCAACAUCUCUAAUUCGAAGGUAUAAACCUCGCGCCAAGGGUGUUAAGCGAGGUACUUAUAAAUGUGGACACUGUCACCAGACAGGUCACAGCCGGAGAACGUGCCCGAAGCUAGUGAAGAAAGGCGUGGAAGAUGCAGAAGGGUGACGGAUUGGAAAGAUGAACAGGUGCAAGGGAAAGAGACUUGCAAUAUAAUAUUGAAUCUUGCAACAGGCAGUAUGAACAAUACGUGGGAUCAACUGGGGGUCUAACUGAAUCUGGUGGCUUGGAGAACAAUCUUACCAGCAUUAUCCUUGCAAGUAUUACACCACCCCUCAAGUUCAAUCGGGCAGAAUCAACACAUCCUCGUCCAGAGGAGUUUUCCUGGUACAGCAGCCACUUAUAUAUCUCCCUGUCAAGGUGUUUGUCAAGGUCUUCUUGUCUUUACUAGUGUCUCAUACUGAAACGGUGGCGGUGUGAUGAGAUGAAGGAUUACACCCUUCGUCAUCUUUGCUUAUGUGACAUCGCAACUCACUGCACCCCCUUGCACUAUCCCUCAACCAUUCAUGUCUUGCGGUAAUCUUUUCUUCAUGUAUGUUAGUCUAAUUGCAAUUGUUGCAAUGGAAGCUUUUGCAAAUAGAUUACGGGAACCGGAUACAAGCCGACUUAUCAAAACACGUACAUCCUCAUGGUUUCUAUAUCCGUGAAUUAUGAUGUCUGUGGUCAAUCAAUAACUCGUAUUUUUCAAUCUCUCUAAAAUGGUUCUUCUCUGCUA